AUGAAGGGCCUCCCCAAUCUUGGAGAUGAUGAUGAGUUCCUGCAGGAGCUGAGAACAUGGUUCGAGAACAUGGCCCCAGGACAAGAGGCCGAAUCUGAGAUCAGGGAUCUCAAGCAAAAGGACUACCCCGCAAAUGAACUGAUGUGGGAAUUCCGUAGAGUGGUUGAGGGAACUCCUGCCCUGGAAACCCUGCCAGCUGCCCCUAGUGACAGCAGCGGUGACAGCAAAGAUGACUUGAUGGUUGAUGGGACACUAAUAGGUGGAGCCUCAGCCACCCUAGUCACCGAGCUGGUGAGGCUGGAGAUCGACCACCACUGGGAACUUAUCCGCUUUGUGGUGGCACCAAAAAUGACGCAGUCAGUCAUCCUGAGGACCCAAAUUGAGAGAAUGAGAGAAAAUAAGAUAGGAACUUCAAAUGAAUCACUGGUGAUCAAAUUCAUCCUGAUCGGAUUAUCAGAAUAUCCCAAAGCUCAGAUUAUUCUCUUUUGGUUCCUCUUGAUGGUGUAUCUCAUUAGUUUUCUUGGCAAUGGACUCAUCAUCAUGUUGAUCAUUGCUGACCCCCGACUUCAUACCCCCAUGUAUUUCUUCAUUUGUGUCCUUUCCACAGUAGACUUUAUUCUUACCAACAAUGCACUUCCUGAGGUUUUAGUGAACUGCUUCAUCUACAGGCCCACAAUUUCUUUCUCUAGAUGUUUGGUCCAAAUGUAUAUGGGUCUAUUUCUAAUUGUAGCAGAGUGCAUCAUUUUGGCAGUCAUGGCAUAUGAUCGCUUGGCAGCUAUAUGCCAGCCGUUAUACUACACGCAGAUCAUGAGUUGGAAAUUAUGCAUUUAUCUAGUCGCCAUGUCAGUGGCCCUUGCCUUCAUGACGACACUGGUCAACGUGCUCUUGCAGCCCACCGACUUCUGUGGCCAUCACACCAUUAACCAUUUUGCAUGUGAACUGCAAUCUUUACUCAAACUGGCUUGUUCCAACAGAGUCAGUGAGCUCUUUAUGCAUAUCUCCAGUUUCUUUCUGCUAUUCCCUCCCUUUGGCUUCAUAGUUGUGACAUACAUCCGCAUAGGCCUGGCUAUACGACGUAUCAGCUCUACCCAGGGACGCAGAAAAGCCUUCUCCACCUGUAGUUCUCACCUUGCUGUGGUCAGUGUCUUUUAUGGAACAAUUAUGAUCAUGUACUUGAGACCUGAAGGGAAAUCCAUUUCUGAAAAAGACAAGGUCAUAUCCUUAACAUACGGGGCUCUGACUCCCAUGCUCAAUCCUCUGAUCUACAGCCUGAGAAACAAGGAUGUCAAGGGGGCAUUUUGGAAGCUGAUUCAAAGAAAAACCUUAAUGUAAUGUACACGUAUGCUCACCAUGUCCCAUGUAGGUUUUUACUGCUGACAAUCUCUACUAACCUUUUAAAAAGGAAUUUAAUAACCAGCAUUACGACUCCUAAUAAACCGACGAGGGCAUAAGCAAUACUGAAUUUUAAGGAGGAAUGUAUUAGGACUUCAAGAUCUAGAACUCACAAUGCUUUGGCAGAAUAUCAAGUUGGGGAAUAUAUUCACAAAGAAGCUGAGAAUUUUAGGUGCCAAAAUACACCCCUAAAUACACCAUUGUUUCAACUUAUUGAUGGAUAGGCUUCUCUACAAGUAUAUAUGGUAAUACUUUUUAAAAAAUACUUGCUAUCCCACAGAUAAUAGAUGCUCACAGACAAGACAUCCAUCAAUAAGCUGAUCCUUGAUUUUCUAACCAAAAUACCUGUGCUAGAAACUAAUGAGGAGGUGGAUUCCGAAGAGGGAAGGGCCGUAUUUCAUAGGAAUAAGAGAUGAUUCAGUCCAGAUAUUCUGUAUGAGAGAAAAAUGUGGGGAAGACAGCCUUAAUAGUUUACUUAAUAGUUUUCAAACUACAUUGUAGAAGUUGAUAGUAGCAUUUUUAAUACGAAAUAUUUUGUCUGUAGGUGUGAAACAAUAAAGAAAUUGCCGGCAA